AUGGUACAAGGUAAGAAGAAGCUUCCAGGGUCUUUGAGUUUCGGUGGGAUGCCUUCUUGGAUCACUCCGUACCCCACCCCUUUCAACCCCCUUCAGUGUAACUUCAAAAAUGGGAAAUCAGAGAGGGAGAGUGAGGAAACGGAGAAGAGAAUAGAGGAAGCAGGGGCUGUUCGCCGUCAGUGCCGCCUCCCUGGAGCUCGCCGCCGAGCUGCUUCACGGCGUCGUCCCGUCCAAGGAGCCGAGCCCGUGUUGCCGUCGGAAAUGAAGAGGACGCUGCCAGCUCUGUCACGCCUGGUCGCUGCCGAGCUCGCCGUCGGAGACCGCCAUUCCCUCACCACUGCUGCGUCGCCGUUCAUGAAGCUUCUGUUGCCGCCAUGAAUAGCGAAUAGAGGAGAGCGAGAGAGGCCGAGGAUGCGAGA